CUCACCGUGAAUAACUCUCUACGCGACUGUCAUUGCUCAAGCAAUUCUUCACUGCCUUUCACCACUCCCCAUGGCGUACUCAAGGGCUUUCGCCGUAGCCUGCGCGCUGCCUCUCCUCGCGCUCGUGUUCUCUUCGUUCUGCCUCAACGCCUCCGCCGACCUCGUCGUUCCCGAGGCCGCCUCGUCCGCACUUGCCGCCGCUGCGUCCGGCGAGCUCGCUCAGCUCGAUGCGUCGCACGCUCUCAGCGACGACGCUGCGACCAGGCGAAUUCUCGACGACGAUGACGACGAUGAUGACGAGGACAAGAAGGACAAGAAGAAGAAGGAUAAGAAGGCUAAGAAGGAUAAGAAGUCUAAGAAGUCUCCUACCCCCUCUCCCUCCACCCCCGCCCCGACUACUCCUACCGCGCCGACCAAGACCGGCGGAAAGAAGGGCAAGACUCCCCCUACCCCUGCAACCCCUGGGACCCCUAAGACCCCCGCCGCUCCCGGCAAGCCCACCAUCAAGCUCACCAGCGGCGACCAGAAGGUGAUAUCCUCGCUAGAGGCCGCCGCGAUUGAUGUGGACAGCGCCAAGGCGAAGCUGAGCGUGAAGACGUACGUGAAGAGUCUGACGGACACGGCGGCGGCGCUGCGCAACUCGGCGAUUCUGAUCCGCACGGGGCAGCGCACGCUGGUGGCGGGGCAGAUCGACAACGCCAUCGCCACCAUCAACGGCGUGUCCGUCAUGCUCCCCGCCGCCGGCGCCGACAAGAAGUUGCUCGCGUCGGCGCUGACCAAGGCGCAGGCCGCCAAGGCUGCGUGGAAGGCGUAGCGGGCUUUCCAAGGGUAGCUGCCUUGGGAUCUCCGCGUUGGAAGGCGUUGAUGGCUUUCCAAUGCGUGGGAAUCUCCGCGUUGAAGGCUACCGGCUGGAUGUGUAGCUGCAGUUCUCUAGAGGCGCGAAACUAGCUGUUAAUAGGUCCUUGGCUGACUGGUGCAGUUCUCAGGUGGUGCCAUCAGCGACGAAUAACGUGUGCCUCUUGUGGCCAUUUGUUCCUAAAUCGUUUCUCAAAUUACAACGGCCAGUUUUGACGUAUCACACAGCUAUGGGAGCAGGCCCCCAGAAGUCAGGAAAAUUUUCCUGAUUCAGGAAAAAAGCAGGGUGUUGAGGGGUACCAGGUCUGAUUUGCUAGGGUUUUGUUUUUGGUAUUUCCUG